AUGUGUAGCGCAUUUGUUUCUUCAUCGAUAUUGUGGAAAUCGCGCGGCACUCGGGAUUUUAUUGUUUCAGUCAGUGUAGCUUUUGGCUUUAUUAUCACAUUUGUGGUGUACAUCAGGAUAUAUCUAACUAUCCGACGGCACAAGAAUCAGAUUUAUUCCUUACAAGUACAAGAGGUAGCUCAGUCUAACGAUAUGAAAAAGUUUGUUGUCCUCGUUAAAUCCACACUCAGUAUGUUCUACGCAUAUCUAGUCUUUUUAAUUUGUUAUUUGCCUUUUUUCAUUUGUACGGCUUUCGUUGGAAUCUACGGCUCGAGUGUCCUUUUGAAAAAGUCUUUUCUUUUCUCUUUGACUCUCAUGCUCCUAAAUUCAUCUUUGAACCCUGUAAUUUACUUCUAGAAGAUGAGACACAUUCGACAUGCUAUCAUGGGGAUGCUGCGGAACAUUUCUCAGAGAAGAAAUCGGCUACCUCGCUUAAUUCACAUUCAAUCUACAAGCGUCGUCCAAGUUGAAAACUAAACCCCUCUAUGUGACUGGCACGGACUUUGUGGAGUUUGUUCUCAACAGAGUUAAUAGAGAGGGACAACAAUGUAACUAUAUUUAGUGAUAUAAUGCGCUGACCAAAAUAACUGCUGCGUGAUCAAAUUUUGAAUGAAACAAAUUACAAAUGAAUUACACUAGGAAAGAUAAGGGUAAGAAAUUGAAUGCUUUGAUGUCCACUUUGAUCGAGAAGCUAAACUUUGAGUUGAUUUUUAUCAUCCCUUGACAGUCAACAGGCUCUCUGAUUUCCCUAUGAAACGAUGAAACUUCUCUUCACUUUUUUCUGAGACAAUGCCAGACAGACAGGCGAUGAGAACAACAAAACUAGUUAAGUAGGGAAUGUUUGUAUUGAUAAUACGCCAGUUUCCCAAAACUAAUCGACACUGGAAUUUAAGAUAUUAGUGAGGAGAAUUAAUUUUCAUAUCUUGAUUCAGGAGUUUACGGGAUGACGAUUACAAGACUCAAAGAAAGCAUGAAAAAAAUUUCGGAGGAAGAUUCUGAAUAAAACAUUUUAUUUCUGUCACAUGAAAUGAAGAGAAACAAAUCACUUCCUCCUUACUUAUUCCCUUUUUCUUUCCUUCACCUGAAAAAAAAUUAUAUCAUCAUUGACCCUUACAGUUUACCUGUGCAAUAAGCUAUACAGCGUGUUGAAAGACAUGUUAAAAAAAAUAUCAAAAAUUUCCACAAGUCUUUGAUAUACACCAUGUUCCAGAUGGUUAGCCGUUAUACUUCACUUGUAGAGCACCCCGUGCUAUGUAACUGUUUGAUUUCCAAAAGCUGAUUGACACAUACCAUUCUCAUACCUGUAUAUAUUCUAGUAUUCGUUAAAUUGUAGUUCACAUUCUGUAAUUCGAAGCGGCUUUCAGUGGAAUUGUCUUGAAACUUCUUCUGCAGAUAAUCUGACAUUAAACUUUCAGGCACUUUUACUCCGUCUGUGGCAUGUUUAAUCAGCGAUUUUGAGAUUUGAAUAUUCAGUGCCGAAACAUCACGAAGAAUCAGUUUUGCAAUAGUAUCUUGGCCUCUUUGUUUUUCGACUUAAUAUCAUCACCCCUCUAGGCAAAGGAAUGGUUUUGGGAUGGAAGAGAAGUGAUCAAAUGACAUAAAAUUAGCUGAUAAUGACAAAAAAUUAUCUUUACCUAAAUCUUCACCCGAAUCGCUUGGAGUUUUGCUUUUGUCUAAACUUAUCUUCACCUGCUCCUCUAAAUUUUGACGACUGGUUCAGUUUGAACCUACUGUAAGAAGAUUCUAGACAAAAUAAUUUCAAUUCUCCCCCACUCCCUCCAAUAGAAAACGGGAAACAACUCAGUACCUUUCUCUUCCCAUAAAUCAUCGGGAUCAAAUCCAACAGGAAGUCUUCCGCAGUCAAAAACACCAAAUCUCUCGAGAUCUCAUAGCUGUCAAGUCGCCAGUGGACGGUAAUUGACGGAGUGAUGUAUGGCCCCGUAUUUCCUUGCUGAAUAACUCUACGGUAUGAAUUUCAAUUUGAGAGCAAGGAGGUCGCAGUUAUCUUAUAUGACCUCAACCCACCUUGUUAUUCCUGAUCACAUCCACACGGAUGGAGCAUGUGAUGAAAUUAGCGAAAAUCCGAUAAAAUACUCGAUUAAAGUGAAAUACUCAAAUUUUUAACAACGUGCGGCAAACUAAAUUAAGAGAAGUUUCGCAUCCAGAUCGCCCUAGACAUCUGCUGGAAGACUAAUUAACAAUUGGUUCAUACGUCAGCGUGCGUUCAUCGAGACAUGAAGCACGGGGGAAGUUUGGAGAACACGAAAGAUGCGUAAGGUUCUAGGUUCUUGAGUGCCCUCCAAGCUUCCCAAGUGCUUCAUAUCUCAGUGAACGCACAGCUGGUGUAUGAACCAAUUGUUUUAUAAUAUUUUCAAGCCGAUGGAAAAUAUUUUUUCUCGAAGGAUUUGUUUUGUGACGUCAUGAGCGUGCACAAUAGGAAUACGAAGCACGCUCACCCAAUUGAAUUUGAUUAGACAAAUUUACUAGCUAUGUUAUAAAUGCUUUUUGUAAGUAGAUAUUAUACUUGUCAGUAGGUACAAUGAAAUAUCACGCAUAAACGAAACGAAAUCGUCCUCUCGGUUUAGCAUCCAGUGUGGUUUUUCCUUCCUAUAGAGGUUCGUUUUCGGACUUUAUGCCCCCAAUUUUGGUUUUACCAUUAUUUUUCUCGAAAACUCCGCAAGGAAACAAGAUAUCCCCUUGUCUACCUUGCAACAUCGAUCUAAAUCGACGAGUUAACCCCCCAAUACAGUGAGAGCGAGGUGGUUUUCCUCACGAAGGGGACAUCAAUGGGUCUAAUUGCUCCUGUGUAAUUAGGAAAUUCAGCUUUAGGCCAAAACGAGAUUAUUCAAACGGACCGUGGACGAAAACUUCACCCGACGUGAGUGAGAGUUUGUGUACGUGCAUGGCGUUGAAAUUGAAGUUGAAAUUUAUACGGAGACACAUUUUCGUGAUCCGUUUCCUCGACUCGUUAUGAAUUACAAGAUAACCUGGACUAUUAACUGAGUUGAUAAUGUAAACUAGCCACCGUAAAGAGUUUCAAAGUGGAAGUUUCGAGCGUUAGCCCUUCGUCAGAGCAAAAAACGAAGGGCAAACACUCGAAACCGGCGUUAGCUUUGAAACUCUUUACGUUGGCCGAUAUACAUUAUCAACUCAGUUGAUAGAAUCAAAUUAUCUUGUUAUACUCCUCCACCGACGCAGCACCACAUUUUCCUUAGAAGCUUACCCCUUUAUUCGUUAUGAAUUAGUUUGCAGUUUGCUCUGAAGCUCAACGACUCGGAAAUAGCCACAUGAACAAAAGAGAGUAAGGAAGUAUUCAGCCAUAUCUAAAUAUGUUAAUCUCAAUGCUUUAGUUUUGCGCAAGAGCAGCAAUUAGCUGGGUUUGUUAGGAAAAUACGGUAUAAACCAAAAAUAGCUUGACGGGUGAUAUGAUAUGUACUUUUGGGCUUCAUUAAAAAACUGAAAUUUUUGCAUAAUAGCUCAUCAGCUACCGCUAGUCUUCACAACCUGAGCGAUGCUAUUAUAUUCUAACAGUUCUGGUGAAAAGAUGGCGACAAGAAUAAUCCGUUUGUCAUUUGCUCUCUGAACAAAAAGGAAGAAGGUGCAAUGGAACUGCCAGUUUUCAAUUUAAAUUAAUUCGUCAGUUUACCAAAACAAAAACUCCAUUUGUUUCUUGCCUGAGAAAUAUUACGCAACCAUUUCACAGGCGGUUAAAAUAUAUUGAAGAGGACUCGUAGGCUCUCAAAAAAACAUGGCUCAAAACUUCCAUGAGUCAUCUUUAUUUCGUUAUUUCGGGCUGGACUCAAAAAAAUUUCUACAACAUGGCUCAAAAUAGAAAAACUUUUGUGAAAACUAUCACUUUAGUAAAGAGAAAAUUGGCCAUGGAGUCAUCUUUAUUUCGUUAUUUCGCUAAAUGGCGGCAGAUGGACAAAGAUACAGAUGUCCGAUGUCUGAGUUGGUUUAUUUGUUCAGCCAGGGAAUGCGUAAUUCUCUCUACCUUUUUCAGAUAGAUCUUGUAUUUCUGCACCCAUUAAGAAACUAUGAAAAAAAUGAGUGGCUCAGUGUGUAAAAAUUUCAUUUUUAAUUCCUUUAGUAGAUAGUCUCACAUUAAUUUUUCAGGCAUCUUUAUCUUGCGGUAUCUUUCAUGGGCGACUUUGCUCUUUGAAGAUUCUGUCACAACAUAAAACGACAGGGAAGCAAUGCUGUCCGCUUUCAAAAUACAAUACACCCUUUUAUUCACAUCUCAAUUACAAGCUAUGUAAAUUUUUCUAUCAUCACGCACGAAACGUCCACAAGCAAGCCGACUGAUUUAUAUCAAUGACUUUUAUGUCGCUCAAGUUUUAUUGAGCCAGUUGGGCAUUAAGUUCGGGACAAGCUGAUCUCCUGGCUUCACCACGAACAGCAGCUGAACCUGCUGAUCUUCAUCUCAGAUACCAGGAGCUUGUGACUCUCAAGUAAGAUUUGAGUGCUCAUAAUUUAGAGUUUCUACGGCAUAAGGUGGCUGAAAAUAGAUUAUUUAUAAUUCAUUCUCCGGAUAAUGAUACAGGAGAUGCUAUGAAAUUGCUAUUACUUAGUUUCAAUGUAUUCUUAUUAAAAAAAGAAACUUCCUCUACCUUUUGAUAAGAAAUAUCUCAUAACCUAUCCUCAGAAAGGUGAUGUAUGAAGAACUAGUGUUCAAGCCCUCAUCAACACUUGAUGAGUCAUCAGAUUCUCAUUCGGCCAGGUGGCCACAGAUAGUUUAAAGAUUGGAUAAUCUUGAGGCUAUCUAAAAAAGUGAGUGCUUGUGAAGAACUUUUUGUUUCUAAAAACAACCAGGUUAGUAAGGAGAUGGAACUGACCGAUGCAGUAAGCUGAAUUUACUGGCCUUAAGUCGUAAAGCACCUUGUUAGCGUAAAUCAUGAUGAACGGAUCGUUUUGUGCAGACUUUUUGCUAUAUAUCCCCUCUCAUUCAGACUUGAGGAGGCUUCGGACAUCUGUCAUUGUUAACUGUGUCUUCAAUAUUUUCCUUAGUUAUACCGCCAUCAUGUUAAACAUUGUUACAAUGUACGCAAUGCGAAAAACGUUAACUUUGCCAACGACUUUGAAAACAUUGUUGCUAAGUCUUACUGUUUCUGACGCUGGAGUUGGUUUAUUUGUUCAGCCAUUUUACACUUUCUUUCUGAGCAAGUGGUUAAAAUUAGACGAUCCAAGUUGCGUUGCUUACCAUGUGAGGACUAUUUCAGGUUAUUUAUUAACUACCGCUUCGUUCCUUGGUGUUGUGGCUGUAAGCGUAGACAGGUUCUUAGCUGUUCAUCUUCAUCUCAGAUACCAGGAGCUUGUGACUCACAAGCGUGUUGUUAUUGUGGUGAUCUCCAUAUGGGUGUAUAGUGUAUUUGUUUCUUUCAUCAUAUUAUCGAGAUCCUCCAUUGCUCAGGUUCUUCUCAGUUCCGUUAAUUUAGCUAUUGGCUUCAUUAUUACUUGCGUGGUGUACAUCAGGAUAUAUUUAACUGUCCGACGGCAUAAGAAUCAGAUGCAGUCCGUCCGAGUACUAGAAGAAGCUCAGUCUGAUGAAAUAGCAUAUUUUUCUGCCCUCACUAAAUCCACAGUUGGUGUUUUCUACGUAUAUCUCGUUUUUUUAGGUUGCUAUAUGCCUUUUUUCAUUUGCCUGGUUCUUGUUAGAAUAUAUGGCUCGAGCAUCGCUUUAAAACACUUUUAUCUUUGGUCACAGACUCUCAUUUAUAUUAAUUCAUCUUUGAACCCUGUCAUUUACUGUUGGAAGAUGAGACACGUUAGACACGCUAUCAUGGACAUACUGCGAAAUAUGACUCGGAAAAGAAAUCAUCCAUCUCGCGUACUUUACAGUCGGUCUUCAAAUGCCGUCCGUGUUGAUAAUUGAGAGCUGCAUACAGCCUGUUCUUAACAGAUCGAAUAAAUACUUGAGACCUAACAAGGAUGAACUUGUCUGUGUGGAAAUGGAAAUGGUUUUGAACAUGAAACUAAAUGAAAAUAAAUGAUUUAUUCACAUAUUAAUUCGUUAAUUUCAAGCGCUAUAGUUUACACAGGAGUAGCUAUUAGUUAAAUAUGUUAGGAAAAUAAAUGAAAUUUUGCAUAACAACUGAGAUCUCGCAUAUCAUUACAUACUGAGAGAUGAUAUUAUUUUCUUUGUCAUUGCUAGCAAAUUAUAUAUCACGUAAUUGAGAGUUUCAGCAGCAGAAGACGACAAAAAAUGGUCCACUUGCCAUUUAUUCCCUUCAUAAUCAGAAAUAAGGUACUAUGAAACAGCGAGUAUUCAGUUUCAAUUGAUUUACCUAUACAAAAGCCGUUAUCUGUCUCUUGCCUGAGAAAUAUUAUAUUACCUUUUGCAAUUGGUUGAAAAACGAAGAGCUCAAAACCGGCUUCCGCGAGUCGUCUUUGUUCACCCAGGUGGUGACAGCAAGAUCUCACAGCUUCUGAACAAAAACUCCAGGAACAUAUGGAAAGGAGAGUUUUUAUAAAAACUAGGGUACCUAUGCGGAAAACCAGUACAUUAGCAUGACAAAGGAUCGUAAAGCAUCUUGCGUUGGUCAUGAUCAUGAACGGUUCGUUUUAUGCAGAAGUUCUGCCGCAUGUCCCCUCUCAUUCUGACUUUAGAGAUCUUCGAAAAACUUUCGUUGUCAACUGUGUCCUCAAAAAAUUUCUUAGUUUACCGUUAUCAUGUUGAACAUUGUGACGAUAUGCGUGAUGCGAAAACGUCAUUUUGGCCGAAGACUUUGAAAACGUUGCUGCUAAGUCUUGCUGUUUCUGACUUUGGGCUUGGUUUAUUUGCUCAGGCAAUUUAUACUUUCCCUCUGGUCAAUUGGUUAAAACUAGUAUCCAAGCUGCAACGCAUACCUAGCAUGUAACAUUUCAGGUUGUUUAUUUUCAACUGCUUCGUUCCUCAGUGUUUUAGCUGUAAGUGUAGACAGUUCUUAGCUGUUCAUUUCAUCUCAGAUACCAGGAGCUUGUGACUCACAAGCGAGUUGUCGUUGUAGUGAUCUCCAUAUGGGUGUAUAGUGUAUUUGUCUCUUUAAAGAGAGUAGUCGGGAUCUUAUUAUUUCUUUUCCUUCAGCUAUCAUAUUCAUUCUCACAUUUGUGAUGCAAAUACGGAUAUAUUUAACCGUCCGAAGGCACAAGAAUCAGAUUCAGUCCACGCAAGUACAAGCAGAAGUCCAGUGUCGUGAGGCGACAAAUUUUUCUUUCCUUAUUAAAUCUACAGAUGGUGUAUACUACUUAUAUCUCGUGUUUUUAGUUAUGCGAAUCUACGGCUCGAGCACUUUUACCUUUUCUCAGUGA